AUGGUCCUGCUUCGCCUAGAAGUUCUGGUGUUUGUGUCCGCAUUGCUGCUUCAGGGUGUUUAUGUGCAAUUCUACGACAUCUUUGUGAACUCCUUUUCUGGGCCUGCCAACAUUACGGCCUCAGCCCUUGCAGAGACAGAAGCGGUGGUUGAAGUCCGGGAAUUCCUUUCGCCUAACUGUGAUGGGCCUCCUGCUCGCUUGUGGCACGUGGUGCCCUUCAGCGCUUGCAUGGCACUGCGGCCUCAGAUGCAAAUGCCAGGAUCAAGCCACGAAGUGUCGGCCUCUGCACCGUUCUACGGGAGGGUUUCCUGUGACACCCUGCGUGAUGCAGAGGGAGGCUACGUGGAGAUAUGCUCUGACGAAGACUGCAGUGAGGAGGGCUGCCAAAGAGUCUCCGUCGUUCCCGAGGGAGAGUGCGGCACAAGCUUCACAGGCUUUGCUGGGGCGUCCUGGCGGUGCAUCAAGAGCACAGAUAUGCCGAAGUGA